GUUAGAAACAGCUGAGCCCUGUGCUUGCUCUGUUAGCGUAAUGUUAUAAAUUGUGAGCGAGUGAAACAAUAAACAAAUACGAUUCGAGCAGCAUAAGCAAAUAUUUUCCAUAAUUUUUCUUGUAAAAUCGGUGUUUCUAGAAUCUCGCAAAUAUUCCAUUACUAACAAACCAUCAAAUUCUAAUGACAACAAGAACGAGCGCAAUGUGUUAAGCAAAAAGUGAAAUUGCGAACUAAAUGAACGACAGCAGUAAAGGGACUCAGUUCAUUUGUACAGUGUAGUAAGUCGUUCGAUCGAACGUAUUCUGAACAAUUCGAUACAACUCUAGUUAGCAACGGCAGCGCCGCAUCGACAGUGUGAGUGAGUGAGUGCGAGAGGGCGAGCGAGAAGGAGGAUGAAGAGUUUGGAGGAAGUAAAAUUGGAAUAUCCGCUGCACUGGCAGAUCUGGAAUGGCAACGCCGAGAAGCUGCAACAACAAUUGCAGACCGACCAGAUUGAUAAGGAAAAAAUCGAUCCACGGGGCCGGACACCUUUAAUGAUGGCUGUGCGUCUGGCGAAUCUGGAAUGCGUCAAGUGCCUUUUAGCCGCCAAAUGCAAUGCGACCUACGAGCACGCAGGCUGGUCAAUUGUGCAGGAGGCCGUUUGUACCGGGGAUGUGGAUAUAUUGACUGCCAUCAUUGAGGUUCGGGACUUACAGCGGCAUGUGCAACGCGUAACGCAUGUGCCGCAACUGUUGCAGCAUCUGCUGGACGCACCAGAUUUCUACAUCGAGAUGAAGUGGGAGUUUACGUCGUGGGUGCCGCUCAUGUCGCGUCUUUGUCCUAGCGACACUUACAAGGUCUAUAAGAGGGGAGCCAAUGUGCGCAUCGAUACCACGCUCCUCGGUUUCGACAAUAACACCUGGCAGCGUGGUAAUCGCUCAUACAUCUUCAAAGGCGCCAGGGAAACGGCGACAAUGAUUGAAAUCGAUCAUGUAACCCACGAGGUUAUGGUCGAGCAGAUGAGCAGCGAUAUUGGUGAUAUUGUGGGCAUACCACCGCCCUUGGGCACAGUGCGUGCUCGUCUCGCGGCGCCCGUCAUCACCAACAACAUUGAGAUGGAAAAGAUCAGUUUCGAGCGCAACAAAUCGGGCAUUUGGGGCUGGCGCAGCGAAAAGUCCGAGAUGAUUAAUGGCUACAAUUGCAAGGUAUAUGGCGCCAGCAAUGUGGAGUUCGUCACCAAAACGCGCAUGGAUCAUCUCAGCGAGGAGCAGAUUAAGAACAAAACUGCACGGACGCCGCUGCACAGUCUGCUGGGCAUUGCUGAUGAGGAUUACGUGAAUGUGCCAACGGAUGCGGCAGCCAUCAGCAUAUCCUUGCCGCGUCCCGGUGAUGCAGCUCCCGUAGCUGCUCCUCCGCCCGUCUGUAGUAGUGAGAAUGGAGAUCGUGCUUCGCCAGCGACUGCUCAAGAGGAGAGCAAUGGGAGCAGCGUGUCUGGCUCGGGUGCGAGCACACCCCAUCUGGUCACAGUGGAGGAGUACUUUAGUCCGGAGGUGGAUCUGCACGGACGGGAUAUUGGCAAGCCAAAGAAUUUGAGUACCAAGGUGCAGCGCUUCAAGGCCAAUCUGUGGCUGGCCGAGGAUCAUCCGAUACGGCUGCAGGAACAAGUGCUGCCCAUACUGGAUCUAAUGUCCACGAUGGCCAGUCCGCAUGUGUCCAAAUUGAAAGACUUUAUCACAAUGCAACUGCCCGCCGGUUUUCCGGUCAAGGUGGAAAUACCGCUCUUCCAUGUGCUCAAUGCAUGCAUCACGUUUGGCAAUGUGUUCGCCAUGAGGUUGCCAGUAGAUCAUGUGACAACGCUGCAGGAGCAGGAUCGCGUCACAUGCCUGGUGGACGAUCGCUGCUUUGACAUACCCAGCCACUAUGUCAGUCGUGGUGGCGAUUCACGACGUCAGAUGCCUCUCGACGAGGACGACAUGCUGCAGUACGCCAUCGAGCAGAGUCUGGCGGAGACGAGUGGCGCCGGCGCAGGUGCAGGUGCAUGCGGCCUGGACAAUGACUCUGACAAGGUGGACAUCUGGGAGGUGCUGCGCGGUCAACAGCAUGCUGUUGGCUCGGAACUACUACCCGAGGAUGACGAACAGCUGCAGCGUGCUAGCGGCAAUUCCUGUUCCCGCUCCUGUUGGAAUAAACGCACUGUGCUCGUACCUACUCAACCUUAUGGACGCCAUUUUUCAUUGCCUUUUCCCGUGCCCAACUCUUCCUCUCAUUUGGCGACUGCCUCGGCGGGUGCGCAGUUCAAAAAUGACUUUAGCUACAUGAAGAAGAUCUUCAAAUAGAUUACGUUCCCCUCCCUUCCCUAGAUUACAUUCCUCGGCCAACCUUCCUUCCUCCCCCAACUUUAAGCUUACUGCUAGAAACUUGCAAUUUGACCCAAGCUUUGUGUGUGCUUUGCUUUGUUUUUUCCCUUUCCUUCUAGAGUGCUGCACGAAUCGCUUUUGGGGGCUCACGGGAAUGCGAGUGGUUCUCCCGUCUCCGAGGAUGAUGAUGACGGUGGAUUCCGCUAUGUAGACUCGGAUUUGGCAAUGGCCAUGCGUCUAUCGCAGCAGGAGCAGCAUAAAUACGAACUGGAACGGCAGCGAGAGCAGGAGAUGAUUGAGCAAGCGCUCAAGCUCAGCCUGCAGGAGCACUAGCCAGUCCAUCCCAUCGCAUCGCGUCCCAUUUAACCAAUUAGUUAAUCACAUCUAAUCAAUCAAUUAAGCUGUUGUCAGAAAAACAGAAGUCUGGCGUCAAUCAAAGUGUGCAGCAAAAUAUUCCUCUUUUGUCAAUACCAAAAUUGAAAUCAUAAUAUAUGUAAUUCUAGUAUGUAAAAAUUACGGCUUUGUUGUACAAUGAUUUUUUUUAAAAUUAGUUUUUACUGGUUUCGCUCUCCUAAUGAUAACAUAUAUUCUUAUUUCGAUUGUGAUAUGUAACUAAAACUAAAACUAUUUCCCCAUCUUCCUAAAAAUCCCUUUUUCUGAAUAGGGAACGCUAAGGUCUCAACUCAGAACAACUCGUUAAAAUGUAUUUUACAAGUUGUAUAUACAUAUAUCGUACCACUUAUCUUCCUUACAAACUUAAAUCUUAAGUCCAAAGCCAAAUUCCUAGGGGAAUAACAAGAAAAAACAUUGUCAAUCGCCGGUCACCAGGGAAACUUUCCUAACACAUUCUGAUUUCAGUUUAUAUACUUAUCUUAAGCUAUGUUUAUCAAUUUACUAAUCAGCAUUACCAAUAUUUUAAAUGAGAAUUUUUGUGAAAUUUAAAUACACUACAAAAUUUGAUAAACCAAAAAGCAAAAAAUAGCUAAGCUAUAUUUAUGCUGGUAAAAGGUCACUGUUUCAAUAGCGCCUCAUCUGUUUGGGAUCUCCCUUAUUUUUAUACAAAUCAAAAUAUACAACAAUUAUGCUAAAAAUAAACAAUUA